UUGUACAAAAUGGGCGGUUAUGAGAUAGAAAAACAAGAUUAUGAAGGUUCUAAAAAUAAGUGGGAGAAAAGGAAAUAUUUUCUUAGACAGAUGAUGAUCAGUAGCGGUGGCUGGACCUGCUACUUCAUCAUGGGCAUGACCUUUGGAUCUUCCACCGUCUUCAUUCCACAAAUAAGAAAAGAAGCUAAUUCUUUUGAUGCAAUCAGCGAGUCCACUGCUUCUUGGAUACCUGCCAUCAUGGUCUACUCUGGCCUACCUUGGACCUUCAUUCUACCAGUCUUUAUGAAAUACAUCGGACGAAAAUAUACCUUCAUGUUCGUUUGUGUCAGCAAUCUAGUUAGCUACGUAGUUUUUUACUUAAGUGUCACAGUCAACCAAAUUAUUAUCAGCCAAGUGAUUAAUGGUAUCAAUACUGGAUCACACUUUACUGUAUCAGUCAUGAUCAUCACGGAGUACACAUCGCCUAAGCACAGAGGAUUUUUCUUGACUGUGAAAUCCGCUACGCUUUUCUGGGGUAUUUUCAUGUCCAAUGCUAUUGGAACAUUUUUCCAUUGGAGGAAUAUUGGCUUGGUUGGCAUCAUUUGCAGCGCCUACGGCUUGUUAAUAGCAAUUGUCUUACCUGAGUCACCAUUUUGGCUGGCUACCAAACAACGAUUUGAUAAAUGCGCAGAUACGCAUAGAUGGAUGAUGGGGUUCAGCAAGCAAUCGGAAUCAGAUUUAGAAAAGUUGAUUAAUUACCAAAAGAAUCUCAAUUUGGAAGCACAAUCGAAGAGCUUUGAUUUAAAAGGAUAUAUCACUGGAUAUUUGAAAGUAGUAUCAUCAAGGCAGUUUUAUAAGCCUCUAGUUUUAUGCCUGUUGGUUCAUUCCUUGUAUAUAUUUUCUGGUAAAGUAGUAUUUAGUGUGUACGCCAUAGAUAUUAUAAGUAAAAUUACAGCUGGGCACCAUAUUUCUCCUUACACAGCUAUGUUAGUAUUAGACGGAGUCACAGUAUUUUGUAUGUACAUAGGAUGUCUAGUAGCAAAGGUGUUACCUAGAAAGAAACUGCUGAUCGGUUCAUCUUUAGUAGGAAUUGGCUUCCUCUUAUCGAUAUCUUUAUAUGCAUUUUUAAUUAAGUUAUCGCUUGUAGUGGAAAAUAAUUAUUUUGCUAUAUUCUUGUUAAUAGGGUAUUCUAUGGGGCUCUGUUUUGGUCCAGUUAUAUUGACACAAACGAUUACAGGCGAAUUAGUGUCUAUAGAAGCUAGGGGAUUAUCAUCAUGCUGUAUGGAUUUAUCUUCUAAAGUAUUACUAGGAACUUUAGUCAAAAUGUCACCAUUUUUAUUCAAAACCUGGGGCACUCAUGGAGCGUUCCUAUUCUUUGGAUUAUCAACAUCAUUAUUCUUGUUUUUGAUUUACAAAUUCUUGCCCGAAACUAAAGACAUGACUUUGCAAGAAAUUGCCGAAUGGAUGAAAGGAACUAAGAAAAGUCGUGCAUUACAAGAAGAAGUUACAUUUUUGCCUGAAAAGCAGUAGAUUUAGAAUUUACAAAAGUUUUUGUGGAGCUAGUCAUGAAAUAGGAAAGGGAAGACAAAAUACUGGUAGGUACAUGUUAGGUUUCAACAUAACCAAUUACACUUAACGGCCAGUUUCUUCAUCAAAAGUUAAAGUUAAAGUAAUGUCUAAAGUAAAGGUAACGAUCAAAUUCGUUUUUUCAAGCCUAAAGUGACAGCAAAACUAAUAGAAAAAUUGAAUUUGACCGUUACUUUUACUUUAGACAUUACUUUAGCCAUAACUUUAACUUUAACUUUUGAUGAAGAAACUGGCCAUAAGUGCAUUAAAAGUUGGAUUCAUAACCCCUAAAGGGACAGCAUUCAUUGUUCUUACACUAUGGGGGAAAAAAUGUAGAUAGCAAUUUUUUUCCUAAUUUCUAGCCUUUGGCGAUAUCUACGCUCGGGUCGUUGGUUCAAUGCCCGAGUUAUCUUUCAAAGUGAAGUAUUCCUCUUCCGUUUAUUAAUUAGGUUUCAGCGGAAAUUAAGAAAUGGAAAAGCGCAGUUUUUUUUCUGUCGUUUUCUGGUAUGUCUCAGCGAUCACUAAUUCAGUUUCGAGAUGUUUUCUUAAUGAUCUUUUUUGAUUGCAAAUUGUUUAUGAAAAUGUGCAGAACCGAACAGCGUCAUAUUUUGUGAUUAUAUUUUGUGUAAUAAAACAUAAUAUCUUUAUUAUUUUUGGUUUUAAAAAAUGCCAAUAAGCUGAAAAUUGUAUUCUUUAUUCAAAAGUGGAAUAUAAAUAUGUAGGUCAAUUUAUACUAAUGAUGAUGAUCACAGAUCACGCGGGUUAAAUAUAAACACCUAAUUACAAUUCAAGACAAGUGAUUGGUAAUUGACUCCUACGAAUGACACUAAACUAUUUUAAAUGAAAAUCACAUGACGAUCCGAUGUAUUGUGAAAUAUGUAGUGUUUGCUAAUUGUGCAGAAGUUAGUUAUGAUUUGAUGCGUGUCUUCAUUGCUAUAACGAGUCUAAAGUUGAUCGCUAUCGAUUUCAUAUGGGCUGUUCUUCGUUAGGCCAAUUUUGAUUGGUUCUAUUCUGGAGGAAAUAAAUUGAGAGCAGCUGUUUGUAAAGACUCCAUCUAAAAGCAUAAUAAUAGUAUGAUACUUUUGAUAGUCAGAAUUUUCAGAAUGAUAACUAGAACAUUUUAGGACAGCAAUUUUUUUUGUAGCAUUGUAUAACGCCAAUCAAUCUACAUGUAUAUUUUAAGCCAAUAAUUAAGGAAUGCUAAUGUUAUUUAGGUAUAUUUAAUUGUAGCCUAGAUGUUUAGAUUAUAGAAAGCUUAAGUUUAUAAUGUAACAAUAAAAUCUUAAAUAAGGAAAUAAAACUAAAACAUUUCAUAAA